AUGCAGGGGAGUUACCUAAAGAAGCGACUGCGCGCCAAUGUGCAGGCAAAGCUGUACAGCAGCAUCACCCCUGGGCUUUUGAACAGAGGAAAAAGGGAAGUUCCAUAUCCCACACAGAGAGCCCAUGUAAGCAGCACAGACUUGGCAAAACUGACUCAAAAGAGCACAUACAAUACAUACAAAAGUAGGGUUUUCAAUCCAAGGAUGUACAAUAAUGUGCCCCCAAAUUAUAUGAACAUGCAAAUGAACAGCCAUGAAAAUAACGCCAGUGGAACGCCAAACGGGAUGAAUUUUAAUUACGAAAAUCAGCCCAACAGUUAUUACUCGAUGAAGUACAACUAUGGUGUAAAUGCCGAAGGUGUGGACAACAACCCGGCAGCCGCUUCCGCUUCCGCUACCACCGCCAACACGACGUAUCAAUACUUUAGCAUCUUUGGCAGCUCAGCCAUGUGCCUAAUAAAGCCAAUAUAUCCGGAUUACAUCGUUAAUAAAAAUAAAGUGACCAUCUAUGGAAAGGGAGGGUUUCAAUUUGUUUUCAUGAAAAAACACAGCAACUCGAAUAAGUACGACAAAAAUAAUAAAAUGAGCAUAAUUCUCAAAAUCAACAGUUUAGCCCCUUUGCUCUCUCUCAAGGACGCAGAGAAGAUAAAGACGCCCAUAUGUGUCAAGGGAAGCAAUAACAACUGCUUAAUUAUCGAUAAGCACAAGGAGAAGAAGGACCACAUAGUUAUACGAUACAAAUAUCAGCCGUCUGCCAAUCCGGAUGGUAACUUGGGAGAAAUGAAUAACCUCGACAUGGAGGUUAACCAAAGUCCUCAGAUAAACAAUUUGAAUGAUGAGAAAAAAAGCAAUUUUGAGGAACUUCAU